AGAACACUGACAAACCCCAGCCCGCAAAAUGUUCUAUCAACCCGGAACCACUGACCACGGCCUCCCCCAUGACCCCUUCAAGGCCUGCGUCAUCCCCCGCCCCAUCGGCUGGAUAUCGACCCAAAAACAAACAAGGCCAAAGCAACCUCACCCCCUACUCCCAAUUCAACAACCUAACCUUCGACCCGCCCUACGUAAUGUUCUCCUCGAACCAAACCGCCCACGGCAUCCGGAAAGACACCGUCAUCAACGCCGAAGAAACCGGGACAUUUGUGUGGAACCUGGCGACCUGGAAUCUCCGCGAAGCGGUCAACAUCUCCGCCGAACAAACGCCCUACGGGACGGAUGAAUUCGAGCUUUGCGGCUUAGCCAAGGAGCAGGCAACGCUGAUGGAUGUGCCGACGGUGAAGGAGUCGCCGGUGAAAUUCGAAUGCGAGUAUCAUACGACGGUGCGGUUGCCGGGAAAUCCGCCCAUGGGGACGGUGGAUAUUGUCAUUGGGAAGGUCAUCGGGGUGCAUAUUGCGGAUGGGGUGCUCACGGAUGGAUUGUUGGAUGUGCGCAAGACGGAGCCGAUUGCCAGGUGUGGGUAUUAUCAGUAUACGGUGGUGCGGGAUACGUUUGAGAUGGUGAUUCCGAAUAUGUCCCAGGAUGUGUUGUAUGGGUUGGAGGGGAAUGCGGCGAAGAAUCGGAGGAAGAAUGAGGAAAAUAAGAAGACCGAGGGGUCGGAGUUGGUGGAGGACAAGUAGUCGGACGUGGAGGCUAUGACUUGCAUUAUUCCGGUAAACUUACGACCGUGGCUGACGCUUGCCCGCAAAAUAGUCAACGGUGC